AUGACUACCGAUCGCAAUAUGUCGGAUGGAAGUUUUGAUGAAAAACAAAUUAAUGACCAGGUGAUCUCUGCACCGCCAAGUGAAAACGAUGUUCUAGUUAAAGAUUGGGACGAGGAAGAGUCCGCCGUGAGGCGCAAAAUCGACUUCAUCCUGAUCCCCAUCCUCGCGGUCGCAUUCUUCGCUUUGCAAAUGGAUCGAGGAAACAUCAGUGCCGUGUUGACCUCAUCCAUAACACAGGAUCUGCAUAUAACAACGAACCAAAUUAAUAUUGGAUCCCAGCUGCUCUCAGCGGGUAUUGUGUUAUCCGAAAUCCCAUCGAACAUCAUCAUGCAAAAACUCGGACCGCGUAUCUGGCUCUCUGGUCAGCUUUUUGCAUGGGGAUUGGUCGCCACGUUCCAGGCUUUCGUUCAAUCAUAUGCUGGAUACCUGGUGACGAGGGUGUUGUUGGGUAUUUGUGAAGGUGGCUUCAUCCCUUGUGCGCUGUACUAUCUUUCGACGUGGUACAAGAAAGAUGAAACGAGUCUGCGGACUAGUUUGUUCUUCUAUGGGCAGAUGUUUGCUGCUGCGACAUCGAGUUUGAUUUCAGCUGGGUUGUUGAAGUUGAAUGGGACACAUGGAAUGGAGGGUUGGAGAUGGAUUUUCUUGGUCGAGGGCUUGAUCACACUCUUCAUUGGAAUCAUUUUCACCCUUUUGGUGCCCCCAUCCGCAGGUGAUGGCCGUCCCUUGAUUGCUGCCGGUCGCUGGAGCUACUUCACCGAGCGCGAAUCGCAUAUCAUUCGCAACCGCGUAUUGCUGGAUGAUCCCCGGAAGGCCCGGGGACACAUCCAGAUCACAGGCCGUGAUAUCCUGAAGACCCUCAAGGAACCUCGCAUCAUGCAACACGUUUUCUUGACCCUGGUCGCGAUGACCAGUUUCCAGGGUAUCACGCAGUACAGUCCCAGCAUGAUCAAGUCCCUCGGCUUCGAUGCCGUCAAGGCCAAUGCCCUGAACUCGGUGCCCGUGUACUGCAGCAUGGUGUGGCUGCUCAUUUUGUCAAUUGCUUCCGACAAAACCAAACACCGGGGCCCCUUCGUCCUUAUAUCCAUAACAUGGAACGUGAUCGCAUACGUCUGUCUUCGCACCAGCGAUCCCCACGCCUCACAAUGGCACCGCUACGGCAUCAUCGCCAUUGCAAACGUCUCAUACUGCACAAUGCAUAUUCUCAACAUCGGCUGGUUAUCGUAUUACUGCCGCACACCGCAAGAGCGCAGUGUUGCCAUGGCUCUAGUAGUGAUGGCCGCUAACUGCGCUGGUAUUGCUGGCUCGCAGAUCUUCCGGACAUCCGAUGCGCCGAAAUAUCUCCACGGCCUCACCGCUAGCUCUGCUAUUGCGGGUGUUUCGUGGGUCCUUUGUCUUGCACUUGGUGUGCAGUAUUAUAUCCGUCGACAAAAGGCGGAGUCUUCCGAUGAGGAGCAGACGAAGAAUUCUUAG